AUGGUCGGCUCAAGGGAGCUCGGGAGCGGUUCUUAUGUAGCGUACCAGUGGCGUAAGUUGCUCGAUCAUUUCGACACGAUUCUCCAGCAGCUGAAUCAAGACGAGAAAUUUAUCAGGCUGGGAACCCCACAGUACCGGCGAGAUGAUAUUUUAAAGGACGCAUUGACCACACGCGGUGAGUAUUUCGACAAACGGGCGGCUGGUGAUGAUCAGGGUGCGGGGGAGGAGGAGGACAACCUGUGCCAACUUGGGGCCGCCGUUGAGGACACAUGUGCCCCGCCCGUGAUUGAUGCGGAAAUAGUCUCGCUAGGGGACCUGGUAGCUGACGGCGCACGAAUGGGUCUGGCCAAUUCUUGUCGGAGCGACACGGAUGGAGAGCCACCCGUUCGAAGGGAGAAUGCGCGCGAAAUCCUUCGUGGAAUGAGGGAGAUGCAGCAGAGGGCCGCACAAGAGGAAACCCAGCGUCGCGGAUCGGAGGCCCUAGAGCAGAGGGAGGAGGAGGAGAAUAUGGACGAGGAUCUUGCAAUGGCUUUAGAUGCAGUGCACCUCCCGGUCGAGAAUGAUGAACAGGAGCAGGGGCAGGGUAUGAUCCGGGGGGGGGAAGCACGCAAGGAGGAGGAGGCAAAUCAGAGGAAGGAACAGAAGCGUAAGAGGCUCGAGGACGAGGGGCGAGAGGCCCGCAAAAAGGAGGCGAGGGAGAGGGAUGAACGGGAGCGGAAGAGACUCGAGGACGAGAGGAAGGAUGCCCGCGAAAAAGAGGCAGCGAUGGAGAGGGAGGAUCAGGAGCGGAAGAGGGUCGAGGAAGAGAAGCGUGAGGCGCGCGAAAAGGAGGCGGCAAGGGAGAGGGAGGAGCAGGAGCGGAAGAGGGUCGAGGACGAGAAGCGGGAGGCGCGUGAAAAUGAAGAGGCAAGGGAGAGGGAGGAGCAGGAGCGGAAGAGGCUCGAGGACGAGAAGCGGGAGGCGCGCGAAAAUGAAGAGGCGAGGAGAGGGGUGAACGGGAGCGGAAGAGACUCGAGGACGAGAAGCGGGAGGCGCGCGAAAAAGAAGAGGCGAGGGAGAGGGGUGAACGUGGGCAGAAGAGACUCGAGGACGAGAAACGUGAGGCGCGAAAAAAGGAGGAAUUCGGCGGAGCAAGGUGCACGCUUCAACGACUGCAUGGGCGAGAUUCGCCAGUUUGGAGAGCAGAUGCAGGGGUGGGACAAUCACUACUUGCAGGACUACGACAAUUUAACAAACGAGUACAACGUGCUUCGGAAUUCAGUGGUCCGAGAACGAGAAGAAGUCCGCCAAAUGCGUACUUCUCUUUCGACGGCAGCGGCCGAGACACGAGCGGCAGCAGCUGACGCGGAUCAAGCAGCGGCUGUGGGAGCAUUGGAGGAGAAGUUCGUGGGGUUUUUAGACACUGUUGGGGAGAAGCUGAAGGAUAUGGUGGAGCAGGCGGUAGAGCGGGCAUCUUGUGGGGCCGCGAAGGAGUUGCAGAAAGAGAAGGAGAAGGCGAGUGAGGAGAGGAGGGCGGCCGAGGCGCGGAGGCGGGCUGGAGUUCAGACGGGGCAAUCGACUGGCGCAGAGAAGUGGCGGGCAGAGGCGGAACGCAAAAAGGAGGAAGAAAAGAGGCGGAAGGAGGAAGCAAGGUUAGAGGGGGAGAGUAAAAAGGAGGAAGAGAAGAGGCGGAAGGAGGAGGAAGAAAGGAUAGAGGCGGAGCGCAAAAAGGAGGAGGGGAAGAGGCGGAAGGAGGAGGAAGCAAGGAUAGAGGCGGAGCGCAAAAAGGAGGAGGAGAAGAGGCAGAAGGAGGAGGAAGCAAGGUUGGAGGAGGAGCGCAAAAAGGAGGAGAAGAAGAGGCAGAAGGAGGGGGAAGCACGGUUAGAGGAGGAACGCAAAAAGGAGGAUGAGAAGAGGCAGAAGGAGGAGGAAGUAAGGAUAGAGGAGGAGCGCAAUAAGGAGGAGGAGAAGAGGCAGAAGGAGGGGGAAGCAAGGUUAGAGGAGGAUCGCAAAAAGGAGGAAGAUGCUCGGAAGCGUGCAGAUGGCGAGGCCGCAAAGGUUGCCGAAGAGACACGGAAGAAGGCGGCUGAGGAGCGGCCAAAGGCGGCAGAGAGGCGGGCAGGGCCAAGAAAUGUGUCAGGUGCCGAUAAGAAGAGUGAUGCAGAGGCCAGGGGGAGCAAAAUCCAAGUUGUUGUUGAGGAAAAGGAGAUCGGAGUGCACAAGUGUGACACUCAUGAGCAGCAGAAUUUUCAGGUCAAGGUGCAGCUGAAGAAUUCAGCUGCUAAGGAGAAGGCGUUGGGGCUGAGUGUGGGAAGCAUUGCUGCUGGUGGGGUUUGA